AUAUAUGCACGAACUUAUAAGUUCUAUCGGCCUUGAGCGCUAGCCUAAACCUGCAAAAGCAGACCUAUCGAUAUGCGGCCGAAUUACAACCCUGCGAAAAGAGUUAUAAGUCAUAGCCUGCGCCCUUUUUUUAAAACUUUCAUCCUUAGGGACCUCCCUGUUCUGAGAGAUCCAAAACGCUUUUAUUCUAGUUUCCAUCUAGAUCCCCGUUUUUUUGGAUCCUUAUCUGAAUUAAGGAGAAAACUGAAAGAACUAUACUUUUUUGCCUGAAUGCAAAGAUUAAUACCAGACCGCUCUAUUGCAUUCGUCGAAAAAGAACGAAGACCAAUCUAGUUUGCAUCUAAAGCCACGAAUUUAAGACUUAGAUUUAACGACCUUGAGGAACGGGAUGAGUGGUUGCACUUUCACUUCAUAAGUAAGUACGCACUGAACAGGGUACCAUAAUCACCCCAUAAGCUGCUUAACUGAAUUACAGAGCAAUCAUGUCGUCUCCGACCCCCGCUGCGUCCGACGGGCGAGAAGCGUCCUCGCUACGCAAGAGAGGCACUGCGACGUCUUCGGAGGACGAGAAAAAUUUCUACCGUCUUCCAAUGAGAAAGAUGACUCCAGAAUUGUUUGGGCCUCAGGUACCUACGGAAAAAUGGCUGCAACUCUGCGAGACAAGCUCUUAUGAAAAAGCAGAAAUAUAAUUUCAAGGAUAUUAUGUUUUUUUCACUUAGUAGUAAUCUUGCUUGCAGACGGACACUGAGUACGCGCCGUUCAUGAUAGAUUUAUUGUAGAUCGCAUUGAUGACGCAGAAGCAAGUGAAAACGUGUGGUCUUCUGUUGUCUUACAGAAGUCAGCUCUUUAUUUGUCCUUUCAUUCUCUAUCGGCAAGCCCAAGUUGGAAGCUGAACGAAGUGGAUGAGGGCGUACCACUGGACGUCAUGGUGGAGCGAAGCGUCGGGAUGACGCUAUACUUCUUCUUGAACGCCUUUCCGUUUUUUGCCAUCGUGAUUAUACUGGUCGGCAUCGCGGCGUACCGGGCAAAUUCUAGUUGGGUGCUCUCUGUGUUCACCUUAAGGCUUUUGACAACAGUGCUAGUAAUAAACCCAUUCGUGACAAAUCGUCACAGCAGUAGUACUAAACAAAUCGUCCUUGUUGAUCAGUUGUGCUUUGAGACUCGUCAAGCAAGUAGAACUUUUUGAAGUCACAACUGGAGAGCAAAGGCGAGCUAGCGUACUAGAAGUAAAAGAGACACGAGUGUUGUGACUAUUCUUCAAAAAUAAUUGAAGUAGGUUGCAGAGUUUUUCUAGUUAUCUUCACUUUUUAAAUGUGUUUGGAGGUGACGAAGUAUAUGCAGGCGAAGUAUGAUUAAUUACUUUUGAAACUAAGUAAGAGUUGUUUUGCAGUAAUAAUUCAGAUGAAUUAUUUUGUCUUGAAUCUACAAGGUUGUUCUAAUUCUAGAUGAUGACGAAGUGCUGGAGUUGAUGUUUGGGAUUACACACCUUGCAUGGGUUGCUUGGAAAUUUUGCGCUGCAGGAGUCUUCGUCUACCUAUCCAGCAUGACUUUGCUGAUGGUGUUUUAUGGACUCAGGGAAUAAUUUGAGGUUCUUUCAAGUAUUUUGAGCCAGAUGUGGCUUUUCAGUGGGAGGUGUAAACGCAUGUCUCUUCUCGUUGUAUUUACAUGAUACAGGAGAGUUGUUAAUAUUUCUUGUUCGCCACAUGUACAUGCGACAAGCCUGCUAAACCGAAUACAUUAAACCAACCAGAACAUCAGAAGAAAAAGACUUUUUUGUCUCUCUUUAAGAUGGGUGUUACCGAUGUUAGGUGAGAAUCACAUCAGGAUCAGUCUGUUGCUAGUCACUUUUUCGUGACGAAUUGAAAAAAUCUUUUUCUCCCUCCCUCUCCUCUCUCUAAUUCGUCGUAUUUAUUCCUCAUUUUCGUCGACAGUACAAGGCUGCGGGCAUGUCAACAUUCGUCUCCCCGGUGGAUGUAGUAUCGAAGAAAGAGAAUGCGACAGACCGAAUGCUCCAGGAACAAUACGCAUAUACCGAAUACCACAAUUCUUUGUACAUCUCACUUUCUUAUGGCUCCUUGGUUUCCUAUUAAUUAUUUUGUAACUAAAUUUCUUUUCUCAGACAAACUUUCCGGAUCCAAGAAGCGCAAAGACCUGCCCGUUAGUACACGAAAAACCAAGUGAUGUCAAAGUCUUUAGGCGGAAAGACCUGCCUAUUUCUAGUACAGAAAAAAGCUAGAUCAAAAUGAAUAUCCAAGUUGUUGAUCAUUGUUGCUCUCUUAAGAUGCCUAUAAAGUCAUCAUACUGAAAUGAAAUGCCCUGUAUUAUUAGUACAGAAAAAAGCAAAUGAUCUGGCCUUCUAAUCCUCCGUGGUCUGGCCUUCGUCUUGUCAUCGUCCAGCCUUAGAGAAGGAGCCUUGUAUUUACUGUGUCGCCCCGCACGGAUUAGCUCCUCUUUUAUGGCUACCGCUGAAGCAUCCUCAGCAUCAUCCUUGGCUUCUUUUUCAAGCGGAAAAAGGGCUGAGGGAUGCUCUCAGGGAUGCGAGCGCGGUGGCUCGAACGCUUGGGAUCACGUGUUAUCCCCUCUGGUCCAAGUUGUUUGCGGACCGUCUUUGUCGAUGGCUAGUGGCGCCAGUAGUAAUGAAGCUCCCGGUCGUUGGUUCCAUGCUUCAGCGGCUAGGGUACCUGCCAGCGGGAAAAAAACACAUCGUCUUAUGGCUUCUACAAUGAGGAUGAGGAUGAUGUUUUUUUUGCAGAAAUAGUUUUCGCAGCUAGCGAAUAAGAUCCCAUCAGAGGCACAGACGUGACCACAGUUGUUAGAUAUUUGUUUUGUUCGUGGUUUUCUUUACUGGGUGGCCUCAUAAGUAGACAGAAACAGCUAUACAAGCUAGGAGGGGUCCAUAUCAAGCAUUCAGUGAAGAGCCAUUUUGAAGUCGCAGGAGCAUGUUUGACUUCUGUACGCCGAUUGGACGUCUGAUUUCUCUAAUACUCAAAUGCCUCGAGGAAGAACGCGCUUCAAUAGGCAUCUGUCUGGAUGGCGUAGCCGGGAUGUUCGAAAUGACCGAUAAAAAAGAAUCCCUCUAUUAAGGAUUGAAAGUUGGCCUCUUUCUCUCAUCUAUGAGGCAUUAUAACUCUAUGAAUGAACAUACAAGUUGUUGGGGUUUUCAAGUAGGAAAGUCAUGGAGAUGCGAGCUAGAUCGGUCAACUUGCAACUUCUAACUCUACGUCAAAAAACGAAAGGGCAUCAUAAAAAUCGCUCUGCAAUGCGGCGCGCCGAUCGUUCCGGUUUAUGCUUUCGGACAUACGCAGCUUUACACGGUGAAACAAGAUCCUUUCGGGUUUCUGCGCACUGUAUCAGUGAAACUCGAUGCUUCGGUCUCGCCUUUCUUUGGACGAUUCGGAUGGUUUAUUUAAGGCUAUUGGUGGUGCAGUACUCCAAUCUACACUAUAGAAUAGCGACUGGAGUUCUAAUAUUGAUGGAGGACUGAAUAUUGUAUUCUGCUUCUAGAAACACCAUUUGGGAGUAGAGACUAAUAGGCUCUUUCUUUUCUAAUCUGCGGGUCCUGCAAAGAGGGAUAUGGCAGUCGCGAUGUGCUUAGGAGACCCUCUCAGAUUCCCGAAGAUGGAAAACCCAACAACCAAAGACAUCGAUGAAUGGCAUCACAAAUUGCUGAAGGCUUACGAAGAUUUAUGGCGAAGCGACUGUGAUCAGUUUUCCUUUUUCGUCUAUCAUUUUUUUCUUCUCUCUCUUCCUCUGGCUGCAGUAUAUGACCAGGUGCUCCUUUGGAAGAAAUGGAGCCUGUCAGUUGUUGAAACUAGUAAGGUUUCUCCCGGGCAGCUGCAGCAGUAGAUAGAACUAGAAAAAUGAUAAGGGGGGUCAGAGUUGUCACAAACAUGAUGAAAAAGUAGAGGAGGUAGAAGCAGUUUUACUAAACUACUUCUAUGUCCACCACCACUAUGUCCACCACUACUAAUAUGUCCUCUAACAAGAGUUUUCGAGACGCACAAAGCGGCUUUUGGUUGGGAAGAGAAAGCUCUGUGCUUCGUAUAGGCGAUUCGAGUGGGCGUUCUUGCGCAUGUUCAUCAAGGUUAAUAAAUGUUGAUACAACUUUGUAGAAACGACGCUUAAUAGAUACAACUCUUCUAGAACGAAGAUGGCAACUUCUGUGCAAGAAUUUUUGUAUCAACGUACUAGCAAUAAGGUUGUUGGCAAGUGAACUAGAAUUGCUUCAUCAUCGGAGCUGUGUCCUCCCUUCAAGAUCUGGGUGGAUAAGUGAUAUCUCAAAAAUAUCACUAAAUGUACUAGAUCCCAUUGGGAGGUGUGUAUACUACUAGACGAGGAAAAUGUACUCCCCUUGGAGCUGUACUAGUACUCGCCUUGGUGCUAGGAGGGAGCGAGACACCAUUGUAGUUGUACUCCAAGGGGAGCUGUAGUAGAGUGUGCAGGCUAUAAUUAGUGUGCAGGCUGUUAUUCCUUUUUUAGAGGAGUCCUCACUGUUUCAACAUGCUCAAAAAUAAAAUGUAAUAAUUCUGGUGCGAUAUUGCACUAGUAGUACUCGACUUGGAAUUUACCUAAGGUCUUACGAGGAAUACAAUUGUCAGCCUCGAUUUCUUUUUUCGGCUAGAUCAGUGGUGAAUUUUUGGUUUCUUGGAUGCGUCACAUCUUCCACCAUCUGGCUAAUAUUUAUGCGGUGCCUUUUUUCGGUCUAGCGAAAUUUCAUCUGUUAUGGCUCUUUAAUGGCCUCGAAGGCUCAUCCCUUCAUAUUGGUGAGGCAAUACCUAACCUAACCUACCUCCGACUAACGAGAGAAUAUCGCGUAUUACAAAGAAGCACGACUUCUAGUGUAACUUUAGUUUUCGAAAACUCUAGCUCCCCUUUUUGUUGCUCUCAAGUCAAUACUACGUCGUCCGUGAAGAUCUACUUGCAAAGCAGCAUUGCAUUGAGCAUCCAUAUCUAACGCCAUCCAUCAUGACAGAGGAUUCGCAUUCUCGAACUUUAAGAAGAACCAUUUCAUGAAGAACAUCAAAAUCGUGUUGUUCGACGGACG